AUGACACACAACCUGGGCAUGGCGUCGUAUCGGCUACCAGGACCCGGACUCUGUCCACCAGAUUUCAAGUCACCCUCGGAAUCCCCCCAGCUGCCCAUCUCCGCGCCGAGCAACCCGAAAAAGCGAAGAAAAACGUCCAAUGUCGCGAACUCGAAUGCGGUCGCGUCACAGCCCACGCCAACGCCAUCCCCGCAGGACCUGUUACCGCCACCACCGACGGGUUACGGUGACACGAUAGUGGCGUCGAAUCCGUUCGACGACACGCCACCACCGACGCCCGCCUCGCACAUGAGCCACAUGGGACAUCCGCACGGCGGUGGCCACGGACCGGGCCCUGGAAUGAUGGGUCAUCUUGGUGGCGGUGCGAUGGGCCACGGUGGUCCGAUGGGUCCGAUGAACCACAUGGGACCGAUGCACGGAGGAGCGCACCAUAUGGGUCCGGGACCGAUGGGUGGCCAUCCGCACGGGCCCCCACAUGGUGGUCCGAUGGGUGGACCGGGACCGCAUGGAGGCGGCAUGCCGCACGGGAUGCCCCACGGUAUGGGACCACACGGACCGGGUCACGGAUCGCCACAUCCGGGCAUGGGCCCGGGUGGUCCACCUCAUGGGCCACCGGGGAUGGGAGGCCCGGGACCGGGUGGACCGCAGGGGCCACCGAUGCGGGGUAUGAGCCCGAUGGGUAUGGGCAGCCCGAUGGGUCACCACGGUCACCCGGGCAUGCACAUGAACUCCGGAAUGGGCCAGAUGGGUGGCAUGCCGCACGGGAUGCAGCGCGGUGGUAUGAGCCCGAUGGGACCCUCGAUGGGGCCGGGCGCGCAAAUGGGAGGUCUCAGUCCGAUGGGCGGUGCCAUGAACCAAAGCAUGUCGCCGAUGGGUCCGAUGGGAGGAAUGUCUCCGAUGAGCCAGCAGCAGCAGCAACAGCAACAGCAGCAGCAACAACAGCAGCAGCAACAGCAGAUGAACAGCAAAUCCGUCGGAAGUCCUAUGAGCGGCGGCAACAUCGGUAGCCCGAUGAAUUCGGUACCCGGGAUGGGAUCACCGCAUGCGGCCGGUCAGGGUGCUGGUGGCAUGCUCGGUAGCCCCAUGAACACGAGUGGUGGCCACAUGAACAACGGUCCGAUGGGCCCACCCAUGAACAGUCCACUCGGAAACGGACCACCGAAUCACGUGCCACUCGGACCGAACUCGGCUGGACACAGUCAAACGCCCCAGCCGGUGUCCGCAGCGAACGUGACCGUUGGGGGACAAACGUCACCGAACGUGGUGGUAAGCGGGGCGCCCGGUGUCGGCAUGAACAGUAGUAAUAGUAGGAUGAACUUACCGAACGGUGCAAUGACAAAUCAGCAAUCAGGGAACCUAAAUCAAUUACCUCAUCAACUCGGACCCAUGGGUGCGAACCAGCAGCAGCAGCAGCAGCAGCAGGGAGGACCGCAAGGACCUCAAGGAGGCUUGCCACAGCAGAACAGUAGUCAGGGAGCUAGCAAUCAACCCGGCGGCAACCAGGGUCCCUCGCCGCAGGGCGGUCCGCCGGGCAGUCAACAGUCGUCGCAACAGUCACAACCACUUCAGCCUCAUCCGCCACCGCACGGAGGCGGCCAGCAGGGGCAGCUGCCCUUGCCACAACAGUCACCUCACGCGCAACACAAUCCGGGUGGUCCCGGGAGUGGCGGGCCGGGCCCUGGUCCGGGUCAGCAGCAGCAAAUGAACCCGAUGGUGGGACCUGGCGGUGGUGGCCCACCGAUGGGUAACAGCAUGGGCGGUCCGAUGGGUGGUGGCGGUGGUAUGAUGGGUGGACCCGGUGGACCUGGAGGUCCUGCGAAUUCGAUGGGUGGCAUGAAUCAUCACCCGCACCAUCAUCAUCAUCAUCAUGCGGGGAACCAUCAGCAGGCCGGCAAUCCGCACAUGUCUCCGGGGAUGGGGACGAACAACAUGCACCACCACAUGGGUGGCGGUGGUGGAGGUGGAGGUGGGGGUGGUGGCAUUAUGUCCCCGCACGGGAACAUGCCUCCCGGUGGUGGUGGUGGUGGCGGUCAUAGGCCACCGAUGCACGGUGGCAUGGGAGGUGGUAUGGGAGGUCCUGGCGGUAUGAUGGGUGGCCCACCGAUGGGCGGACCGAUGGGUGGCCAUAUGGGUGGUGGAAUGGGUGGAGGCGGUAUGAUGAGCGGAAGUCCGAUGCAAUCGCCGCACAUGAUGGGCGGCGGCGGACCGGGUGGACCGAUGGGCGGCGGUGGGCCAAUGGGUGGAGGGCCAAUGGGAGGACCGAUGGGAGGGCUGGGACCACCGGGUAAUGGACCGAAUGGACCGAACCAUCAUCACCAUAUGGGCAUGUUUGGCCCGAAACCGAUGCCUGUCACCUCCGGGAAGCUUUAUCCUCCCGACCAGUCGAAGGUGUUUAACCCGCAAAACCCGAACGCUCCGCCGAUCUAUCCCUGCGGUGGCUGCCACAAGGAGGUGCACGACAACGACCAGGGCAUCCUGUGCGAAUCGGGGUGUAAUUUUUGGUUUCAUCGGACGUGCAGUGGACUGACGGAGGCGGCCUUCAACUUCAUACACGCGGAGGUGUACGCCGAGUGGUGCUGCGAUAAGUGUCUCAACUCCAAAAACAUACCGCUGGUCAAGUUCAAACCGUAG